AUGAUCGAGCUAAUUGCCACAGAUAACGCCCUCAUUAAUGGAAGCCGUGUCGCCCACGGUGUCUAUGGCAAAGGCAAACCUGUCGUUCUUCUUCACGGCACACCAUCUUCAUCCCUCAUCUGGCGCGACAUCGUCCCUAAGCUUGUCGACGCCGGUUAUAAAGUCCACCUUUUUGAUCUUCUCGGCUUCGGUGUGUCUGAGCGUCCUUGGAACCCAGCUGUCGACACUUCCAUGACAGGUCAGGUUUCUGUCCUAGAGGGCCUUUUGGAACUAUGGGGGUUAGAGAAGACACAUAUUGUUGCUCAUGACAUUGGAGGUGGUAUUGCGCAGCGUUUCUCUGUCUUUUCACCCGAAAGAGUCUUGUCUCUCACACUCAUCGAUGUCGUGAGCUUCGACAGCUAUCCCUCUAAACGGACGAAGGAACAAAUGCAAAACGGCCUCGAAUCUCUUAUCAAGACGGAUAGCGACAAACAUAGAGACCACUUUAAGGAGUGGUUACUAUCCGCAGUCAAAAACUCGACAAAGUUCGAGCAUUCAAGUCUCGACACUUAUCUCAACUACAUAUCCGGUCCCAUCGGACAACCCAGUCUAUUCGAGCAUCAAGUUCGACACUAUGAUCCUAGACAUACAAUGGAAGUGGCACCCCGUCUUGGAGAGCUGGCUAAGCUACCUGUGCAAUUGAUAUGGGGUGCAGAUGAUGCUUGGCAAGUGGUGGAUUGGGCUCAUAAACUACACGAUGCAAUUCCUACAUCGCAGCUUACUAUUUUGGAUGAUGCUGGUCACUUUUCAACGGAGGACCAGCCUGAGAAAAUUUCUGAGCUUCUUGUUGGCUUCCUAGGAAAGCAUUGA